AUGGAUGAUGAGAAAGAGACAAAACAUCUAGAAGCCUUGGAAGGAGCGAACUCGCUUCUCCGCCUCUUUCAGAUCGAUCUUCUCGACUACGACUCCAUUGUUGCCGCCGUCAAUGGAACCGCCGGCGUCUUCCACCUCGCUUCUCCUUGCAUUGUCGAUGAAGUUCGAGAUCCUGAGGUCAAACAUAUAAUCAACAUACUCACAAACUAA